AUGAAGGUCGACUUCUUAACUUUUCGGGAGGAUCCGCUUGCCUUCGGUCGCUUGGACAUAACCCCCAUGCUAAAGGUCCUGCUAGCGUCCGACGCAUAUCUCAGACUGUCAUGGGACGGGAGGUUUGAGCUACACGAAUGGGACACCUUGACAGUCAUCGUUGUCAUGUUCCAGUACUUCAGGAACAACGACUGCAUUCCAGGCGAUGGAGCUAUCAACGCACUCUGGCUCAAAUGCCGCUUCAACAACGACUACUCGCCACAACCGACAGUAGUGAUUGAGUUAGAUUCACAAUUCAUGCGAAACCUAAACGAGAAAGAGCGACCAAAGCACCCAAGCGACGCCAGUCAAGACAACGCGCCGUCAGCUACCACAACCAAGGCCGGUAAGCGGGCUCGUAAAGAGGUUGUCAACGACAAGUCUCCGCUUGUCAAUCUUCCUGGAGAACUGCGGAACCGCAUCUAUGCGCACGCUAUAGCCGACACUCAAGAAUACAAGAGAGGCGGAAUCUUCGUCGAGCACCAUGGGCCAAUAUCCAACGGCGAACCCAUUCUCCUGAAGUACAAGUCUAUCAAAGCAGCACAGCGCUACAAGACGGCAAAGCGAUGGGCUACUGCUCACAAGCAACGUCACUACUUUGGUCUGACUCAGACCUGUCGCUUGUUGCGUCAAGAGUUUCGUACGCUCUAUCUCGAAGAGCUCUCUCUUGGGGUGGCUUCACGUCUUGGCCAAUUCCUCGUUGUCUUCGGAUGCAACGAAGAAAUCCAGGCUAUGGGUCAUCAAAUCGUGAAGAUCAUGCAAGAUCCACUGACGCAAGGUGGCGUAGACAUGUUUCCUGUCUUGAAGGAGAUGUCUGACCUCGGCCGGCCACGUAUCUUCACUCGUACCAACAGAACCUCACGCGCCUUGCUUUGGGACAUCGAAGAUCUGAUUCUUACGUUGGCAGCAAGCGUUUACACUCUUACGACUUCUAUGAUGAGUGUUAGUAGCAACAUCACCGCCAUCACCAUCUUCAAGGACUCGGACCAACACCACUCCGAACAAGCCGAUAAGCCAGAGCUGCGAAUAGAUCUGGACAACGAGGGUGCCUCCCAUCUGAGCCAAGAGGAGAAAAAGAUCGAGAUGAAGACAGUGGUCGAGCAUUCCCGUCUGUUCCGUCUCGAAGGCAUUAUCAUAACUUUCCACUGGGGCGAUCGAAGCUAUAGGUGGUACGUUGCUGGUCUCGAAUGGGACAACACCACACCGAAAAUGCGAUUGCUUUCAGAGGAGGCUCGCUAA